AGUUUGUUAACUGAGAGGAAGUUGCGAUGUUUUCAGCCCUUAUCUCGCUUUCAGCGGCGUGGAAUUUGUUUAUAUUUUUUCAUGAAAUAGGUAAGUUUCGUUUUCUUUGUCAAAUAAACAUGUUUGAUUUUACUUUUUGAGGGUAGCUAGGCUUACAUAUUGGUUCGUACUUUAUACCAUCACAGACGCUGUACCAUCGUUCACUGAAGAGCCAUCGAAUCCUUCACGUGUUAAUGAAGGGGACAACAUAACUCUUCGUUGGACUUACGACAUUGAUGGCACCUUUCGAGAUUCAACUUUCACAUGGGUACCGACGGGCGAUACCAUAGCAUUGAAAGAUAGCAGCGGCUUGACCGUGGUUCCCGCAUUCUCAGACCAUGUACAAGUGAUUAUAUUAGACAGUGAAGCAACGUUAACACUCCUUCAUGUGAAUAGAUCAGACGAUGGAGAUUAUCAAUACUUCAUUCGGAAUACUAAUUUCAGGUCAACAACAAGUACUGUCAAUGUCUUUGUGCAGUGUAAGUAGACAACAACACAACAACUUAACUAUUCUGUCUUCUUGUACGUAUUCGUGCCAUGUAUAUGCAUCCUCCCUUCCCCUCUCCUUCCCGGUGGCCAAGAUUUUCUCAGGAGGUAAGCUUAUACGAAAUAGAAAUAUGGAAUUUCGUAUGGUUGUAGGAGUGAAAGCAAGAUGAAGGGUUAAAGGAGAAAUGCAAAUUUCAGAAGAUUACUAAAGUAUUUACUUGUCUUGUACCUCUCGAAGCUUCAUAGGAAAAGGACCGAUAAAAGGCAUAAAGGCCAAAAAAGGGCCAAGUGAGACAUAACACAAAGAUCAUAAAAUGUUCUCUUACCUUGAUUUUCACUCUUAUUUUGAAGCUAGUAAUCCACAUCACCUCCAUAUUCUAUGUAAAGUACUUCUGCUGUCUAAAUUCAUGGCAAAAAUCAUUUCUUGACCACUAAAUCGGUCACAAAGAAAUUGUUCAAGCUUUGUCCUGUCAUGGUUUUGUUGCUAGGCAAUUGCAAACACCAACCAAACCAAUAGAAUAUGUGAAAUGAUGUCUCACUUUUGGUUAAGUGAUCCUUAUACAAUUCACGUGCAAGGUAAAUUUCAACAAAUUUAUAAUCCUUGCUUCAAGAGGAAUUCAUUUACACAUUAUAUAUACAAGGCCAAAUAGAAAACAGGCCUCAUGAAGCAGGUGCUCUGACUUUCAGUGGGCUGAAAGUUUAACAAAUGAGUGUGCAGCAGUGUUGCUGCAAGGUGUGAAUGACUAUUUCUUUGUUCUUUAAAGUGCUACUACGACGUAGAUUUGGAAGUCCUUUUUUUCUUUGGUUAUGGAAAGAAGACAUACUAAUUAGCAACCAUGCCAAUUUUUUUGCUCAAAAUUCAUAAAAAUUUUGACAAAAAACAUUGGCUUUCACUGUCUGCCAUUACUUGGGCUACAAAAUGACCAGGAGCGAAAAAAGGGUUGGGACUAACUUGAACGACGAGGAAGUGACUUCAGACUCGCAUCGAUCCAAAAUCUCGUGGCUGAUUUCCUCUGCAGUCUAUGAGAAAUGUGAGAGACCGCCCGAUUGUUGAAUUUAUAACUUCAAAAUGUCUCCACGCCAGUGUGUAGUGCAAGAUUGUGAUCGUAUAUCUGAUCCAGAAGUGGAAAUAUCAAUGCAUACCUCUCCAUUGGAGGGCACUGUCCUUUCCAAGUGGAAAAGAAUUGUUUUUCAACUUCGCAAAAAUUUUAAACCAAUCGGUCAGUUUGGUGUAUGUUCAUUACACUUUACUAAGGACUGUUUUACGUGUGCAGUUCGUAUUCGUAUUAAAGAAACCAGAAGAUAAUUAUGUAAAAACAGGAUCUGUUGCAACAGUUUGGAAAAGGGAGUCCUUUUCUAUCAGUGGACGAAGCUGUCAACAGGUUAGUGAAUCUCCAUAGUUUUUUCCUAUAGAGGGAUGCAACUUUUUAAGAUUUAGAAAGGGUUUUGUCAUCAUGAUCGCAAUUCGUUUGUAAAUAGCGGUCUCUUUGGACCAGUUCAAUUGUUCCUAGUUACUGCUAAGUAAAGAUAAAUAAAGCAUUAGACUUUUUUACAACUCAGAUUCUGAGUUUCUCAGUUCACACCUUUUCCUCAUUUCCUUCUUCUUCGUUGUGAUUGCCUGUUAUGUGUUGCAUUAAAAAUAACAAUUACAAUCAUUUAUAAUCAUUCAGAAUGAAAAACACAGUGAUACUUUUGUUUUCAAAAGAAGUGUAAUCCAUUGUAUAUGGCUCUUGGCCUUGGGAAGGCGAGAUAAAUAAUAUUCUAACAAGCAUAACGUAUUGCUUACCAGCCGAUGUAAAUAGUUUUACGCACAAUGAGGAAUAUUCACACCAUAUUUUUUCUUGGUCACACGCUAAUUGCACUUUAAGUUAGUCAGAAAAUGCUGUUCAGUUACUCUGGUCGUAUAUGUAUCGAAACACUCCGCUUUUACUUUAUUUAUUUUUUUCUUGUUAAAAACACGAUUGUCUUGGCAGCUUGUAAAGGAAAUCUUGGAACAACUUGACCUAAAUCAGCAAAAUGAUACAAAUUCUGAGGUGAAUGAUGAAGAUGUUGAGGUGGGGAUUGACGAGGAUGUUGAGGUGGACAUUACAUAUAUUCAUUAACGCAACUACGUUAUCUUGUAUGCUUUGUGAACUGAUUUGAGUCUGAUGUCACAAUUAAGGAACUCACGUGUGAGACCACUUUCAAAAUUCUCACAGGCUUCUCUAUUGCGAACUGGGUAAUGGCGGACGGAUUUUCAGUGAUUUUCGGCGGGCAAUUUCUUGAUCUAUCUUGUUUCUAAAGUAGGUUGAGUUUGAUCGUCCGGGUGAACGUAGUCCUGAAUAGGACUGUUGUUGUUGACAGUGACUGACGUUUCGGCAACCUGUGCGGUAGUCAUCUUCAGAGCCAAAGUGAGUUGUAUCACGUCAGUUGAUGGUUUUAUAGUCAUAUUAUACUCCAGAGUAUAAUACUCAUCAACUGGCAUAAGACAACUCACUUUGACUCUGAAGAUGACUACCACACAGGUAGGUAUUCAGGACUAUGUUCACCCGGAUGAUCAAACUCGACCUACUUUUGAAGUGAGUCCUGGGUCAUAUUUAGUAUCUUGUUUCUAUUGUUCUAAAUUCAAAUGGAUUAUAAUGUGGGCACAUUGACUGAAUCGACGUUGAAAACAGCCAAGAAGAAAAACAAAAAUUUACGUCGUAGUAGCACUUUAACAUAAACAGCAAGGCUCAGCCAUUAACAGUUGGUCAUCAGACAUUUGUCCAGCAAAUUUGACGUUUUUAUCUAGGAAAGAUAAAGUCUGGCCUGUCACUUUGACGGGGCACUUUUGAUCCAAAUUGAACCUUAAUUAUACAAUGUACUUUAUCGAUGCUUUGGGCAAAACAUUGUUCUGUUGCUUUUGGCUCAACACACACAUUAACAAAAAAAUGAUCUGUAAUUAAACAGUUAAAAAGCAAUAAAUUUGAGUUUAACUGUGCUGGUACAGAAUUUAUUGCAUCCAUGAAUCAGUCUUGUUUACAUAUGUGCAUAUAAGAAGCCUUAUCUUGUGAAACAGCAGUCCAGUACAGUCAGGUGGCCUUUAAAGUAAUAUUGUUCCCAACUAUAAAACAGAAAUGUUUGUCUUUACAUUAGGCUGUUAAGUAUUAAAGACUUAAGAGCUGCUAAGUUUACUUAACCAAAAAUGCAGAUUAGAAGGCCUAUUGUAAGUAAAAUCUCAAGUAACUUUACUUUUCAUCUCAUGAAAGUUGGAAAGGUUAAACAGUUCAAGAAGGUUUCAAAUGACUUUAAAACCAUCCUUAUGACCGACUUAGGUGACUUGCAUUUUCUUGGGUUGUCAGUCAAGCUAUUUGCUGCUUGUAGCUGUUGUGUUUCAGAAUUUUUGAAUUGGGUGUCCACCUAAAGGAGUCCAUGGCAGGUAAAACAAGUAGACUUUUUCUGUGACAAAAUUGUGGCAAUCAGGCAUGAACUGGAUACGUUAUCUAUUACCGAUGCUUCUGUUCUUCCAUUGAUUGAUGACGCCAUAAUUACAUGUGAAUUAAGCGAAUUUUUUCCCACCUCAGAGGAUGAACUUUCUGGUCUGGUGAAAAAAAUCGCCGCCAAAUUGUGUUCUCUUGAUCCUGUACCUGCUUCUCUUUUACGUUAUUGUAUCGAUGAUUUACCACCUAUUAUUAAGAGUCGUAAACCUUUCAUUCAAUUCAGCUUCAAUGCCAAGUUCCAUGAAGAAUGCAGUGUUGUCUCCUCUGCUGAUUAAACCGUCCCUAGACUUUGAAAUAUUUUCUAACUUUCGACCUGUAUGUAACCUGAACUUUUUGUCUAAAGUUAUUGAAAAAGUUGCAGCCAUGCGUCUGAUGAAUUAUUUGUGUGAUAUUGAUCUGAAUGAAAGUCUUCAGUGUGCUUAUAAGAAACACCACAGUUGUAAGACAGCGCCUCUACAUGUUCAAAAUGAUAUACUGAAAUCAAUUGAUGAUAAACAAUGUGUUGUUCUCUUGCUGUUAGACCUAUCAGCAGCCUUUGACACCGUCGAUCAUAAGAUCUUGUUACACAGACUGCGCUCCAGGUUUGGUAUAAAAGGAAAAGCACUUUUGUGGCUUAUGGAUCAUUCCCAGUCAGUUCAGAUUGAUGGAUUUACCUCUUCAGUUUGUGCGCUCAGAUUUGGUGUACCCCAGGGGUCUGUGUUGGGUCCGUUGCUGUAUCUGUUGUACACAGCCCUACUAGGUGACCUAAUACGAUGGCAUGAUAUGGACUUCCAUCUAUAUAUCUGAUGAUACUCAACUGUACACCACCUUCAGUUGCGAAGAUAAGGAUGAUCUUACCACUACAAUUUCCCGGAUUCAAAGCUGUCUUGUCGAUGUCACCAACUGGAUGACUACUAACGUUCAACUGAAACUACUGACAAAACGGAACUUCUCAUUCUCUAUUCCAGGUUCAGAUUGCUCCCACGGCUACCUUCUAUUAAAAUAGGAACUGAUAUCACCAAGCCUACAAAUAAGGCGCGUAAUAUCGGCGUCAUUUUCGAUAACACUGUAACGAUGUCUUUUCAUAUUAACAACAUAGUUAAAGUGGCAUUCUACCACCUUAGAAAUAUUUACAGCUAAGACUAGGAGUAAUCGGAGCUUAGGAGAGUGCGUUUGAUAUAUUUGUUAGGCGUACAGGUAGCAGUUGAGGGGGAAGGGUAGUUGCGAUAUAGAUAAAUAUGAUUAUGGCAUAUUUUGAACGUAAGGGUUAUGUACAGCAAAACCUCUAUUUUUACUGUGUAUCAUUAUAAGAAGGUUUUGAAAAGAUAUCGUAUGGUUCGGUGUCAAGUGCUUGUAAUCGGAGGAGACAUUGGCCAGAGUGUGUCGGGCGUGUAAAUAGAACAUUUUGUUUUACUGGCACGAUUACAGUGCGCACUUGCUCAAAGGCAGAUUAGUGCUUAACCCAGGAUUCUUUUUCUCUCUUCAAAAAUCUUUCUUCGGAUAAUUUUCUCUGUUAUUUUUAAGAGCAUCCAAUCAUCAACUUGUUGACAAAAUGAAUUAAAUUGAAUUUACUGUUUUAAAAGCUUUCACAUCUGAAUUCAAACUUCGCACUAACUCUGUCAAAACCUUCAAUGGAAUGUGUGUGCAGCUCACGUCAAUAACUUUUCCAGUAAUUUGGACGAGCGUGUUGAUUUCAGUGACUCAAGAGUGGCGCUACUGUGGGCUGGUUUAUAAAGUUUUCCUAAUAAAUAACUUCUGGUGCCGAAAAUAUCACAAGUCGUGAUCAAAUGGCGCGGCCGAGCUUCACAUCUCAGUAGAUUUACAUUGUGACUCAACAGCCAAGCUACACAACUCGGUAAAUUUAUUUCACAUCUCAGUAGAUUUACUUUGUGGCACAACGGCUGCCGAGCAACACAACUCGGUAGAUUUACUUUCUGACACAACGGCCGCCGAGCUACACAUCUCGGUAAAUUUACUUUGUGGCACAACAGCCGCCGAACUAAACCCGGUUUGAUGCAUGUACCAGGAGUCGCAGACAUUUUCCAAAGACAGGGACAAAUCAUGCUGAAAAAUAUGAAGGCUUAGUCCAAAGUAAAAUUCUGAAAGAUGAAGGCUUUGGACGAUUCAGCAAUCACAGAUCGAUGUACACUUUACGAAGAUUCAGCAAACUUUUUAAAAGAUGCACGCUUUACGAAGACAGAAUAUCAGACCUCAGCAAACCUUUGAAAGGACGCAACACGUGAGUUAGCGCAUCAAAGUGAGGUCAAACGUAAGCAAGCGCCUCAAAGCGAGGCAAAUGUGUGUAGACAACGAAAAUGCAAUCUCAAAAAAACCUCCCUUAUUAAUUGCACAGGACACCCAAUAAUGCACAGAAUGCCCAACACAAAUUAGGGGUUGUGUUCUCGUACCUCGAAUGCAAUUAGUAAGUAUAUCAAUGUCACAACGGCUGAAGUUCUUGUGCAAGCAUUCAUAAAUUUGAUGCUGGAUUUCUGCAACUCACUUUUACAUGGUCUUCCCAAGUAUGAAAUUAACAAACUGCAAAGUGUCCAAAAUGCUGCAGUGCGUGUGAUUGCCUGCUUACGUAGGUUUGAUCACAGAAGUGAUACUCUAAAGGAGUUGCACUGGCUACCAGUGGAGCAAAGAAUAAUCUUUAAGAUUAAUCUUAUUUGUUUUAAGAUACUCAACAAUUUAGCUCCUGAUUAUUUUUAUUUUGGUUGACCUAAUCCAUGUUUAUGAACCUGCGAGGUACCUUUGCUCAUCUUCAGACAAGUGGCGUCUUGUUAUUAAACCCUAUAACUUAAAGACAUAUGGUUUAAGGGCUUUUUCAGUCAUUGCCCCUAUACUCUGAAACCAUUUGCCUAUUGACAUUAGAUUGAUCAUGAUGUAAAUAAGUUUAAAUCUUAAUUGAAGACCUUUCUUUUUAAGCAAGUUUACGAACUAUCUUAGGUUUUUUAUUUUGUAGUUUUGUGACUAUGUAUAUAUAUAUGUAAAUGAUUUUAGGAUUUUUAUUUUUUAUCAAGACCUUUUUGAAGCAUUGUAAAGCGCUUAGCACUGAAAAGUAUAGGUGCUAUAUAAAUAUUUUUUUAUUAUUAUUUAUUAUUUAUUAUUAGUUCGCCAGUUUGGAGGUCUUGGUCAGAGCCAUGCUCUUCCUCUCCAACAUGCAGCUUGAUGACUUUCUUUUCUGCACUAAUUUAAGGGUAAUCUGUGUUAAGAAAAUGAGCAUAACCUGCUCUCAUUGAGCGAAUGAAGGCUCCCUACUUGCAUUAUGUUUUAAUUCAUGAUUUGAUGCAAGUGUAAACCAAAAUAGGCCAAAGGUAUACUAGCACUGUACAUCAACUUCUGCCCUAUAGACUUUUGUCAUGCAGUGGCCAUUUUGUCCCAUGAGAUAAAAAAAACUAUGUACUUGCAUGGCUAGCCUCAUUCUCACUGUGAGUCUAAACAUGCAAAAAAAAAAGCUUUUUAAUCUCCUCAGACAAAAUGGCCGUCAUGUAACAAAGAUCUAUUAUGGAUUUAAUUUAGAAAACCUUUGAUAAGCGGUCACUUGGCUAAUUCCUGAGGGUGACCCGCUUAAUAGAGGUUUGACUGCGAGAUGUCUCUGUAGCAUUAUAAAAUGGUGGUCUUGGAGCUGCUUUGGCAUGAAUAUACAUUUUUAUGUUCACUGAUAUGUGAUAAAAACUAACAAAUUGACGCUUUCUUAUCCGUGCACAAGAACACCCCUACAACCACCUCUCAGUUUCAUUGGAACAGCCAGAGAAUAUUGGACUUGUGGGCUAGCGAUUGCCCUCAGAAUUCACAUGUAAUAAAUCAUAAUUAUCAUAUUUGACCAUUCCAACUAUAAGGUACAUGUAGCAACUUUGUUGAAAAAUGAGGAUAGCUAGGUUACAAGAGGUUUUAAUCAGUAAGGCUUUGUCAACAGGCUCUCCACUACUCUCCCUUAACUUAUAGUUUGUUUUAUCGGGAGGUGAAUAGAGUGAUGGAUCAUUAAGUAGAAGGAAGCAGCCCUAGAGAUACUAGUACCUGUUUUAUUUGUGCAUUUUUUAAUCAACUUUGAACAACUUGCAUGUAAUACUUAUCAGAGAAUGUUUUAGAAGGUUUCAAUUUUCCUCCCUUAUUCUUUUUUUCAGUCAAACCCGAGAAUGUUCAGCUGUCAACAAAUGCCACUGGAAACCAAGCCUGUCUUGGAAGCUAUUUGAACUUCACUUGCUCAGUUGGUACUCAUGGUAAUCCAGAAGUGUACUACUACCAGUUGUUUAGAAAUGACACUUUUUUGGGCACAAGCAGUUCAGGAGAGUGGAUCAGGAUGCUGUCAAGCAGUGGAGUCUUCACAUACAAAUGCCAGGCCAACAACACUGUGGGAGCAACAAACAGCACAGCCGUUACCAUUACUGUUGGAGGUAAAUAUCAACAAUAGUUGUGCUGGUAAUGUUCAUUGCCAGUACGUUUGCGCCAUUCAAUAUGUACAGGCCUGUUGGUGUCCUUGUACAUUGUGUAUCAGUGUGGGCUUCAAAACAUGCCAGGAGGUUAAAAACCAAUCAGGGGUCAAUUUAAUUGAAACUUUUACAAGACUAGUGUAAUUUACAAGUGUAACCUAUUGUUUUCAGACCUGGCUAAAACAAUGGGUUGAAAAUAACACUUGUAAAUAAGUUUUAUUAAUAAAAUUAACCCAGCAGUCUUCUUCUGCACUUAUCAUGAUCCCAUUCCAAAUACAUACCUAAGACUGUAUAAAAUUACAUAUCAGUAUGAAGUGGAAAAAUGCUUGUUCCCUUUAGCCAGAGCUUCACAUAGAUGAUAAAUUCCUUAGUAUGGUAAGAUCUGGUAACAAGUGACUGAAAAUGAUUGGCUGGGGUUGGAAAGAGUCAUUUCUGUCACUAUACAUUUAAAAUGAGAGAUCACCUAUAGCCUAAGGGUCCUUUUGAUAUUUGUGGAUUUGUUCUCCUGAGGACUAGGACCUCACAUGUAAAUGAGGCUUAGAGGACACAAGAUGGCUGGUCUUUGGCGGUAGGCAGUUUCAAACCUUUUAAUUCCUUGGUUAAAAGAAUACUUAAAACAAAGGGCCAUUCAAAGCUCAGGAAAACAUAAGGUUGAACUAGAAGAACUUUGUGAAAAAAGUAGGGUGAUGAAAGUCCCAAAGAUUGCUACAUAAGAUGAAAACAUCAGUCAAUCAUAGAAUUUCAAUGAAAGAGCAACUAAAAACCAAUGAGGGAGAUCUGGGAAAUCCAUUUGAUCACAAGAACCUUAAUGGACCAAAAAUUUUACUUUUGUCGCAGACUUGAGAUUCCCAAUUUUUAAUUUACCUGGCAGGAAAAUAUCCCUUACAUUAAAUGCUGAAAGCCUAAAAUGUUUACAAAUCUCUUGUGGGGUACAAGUUGUAUUUUGAUGGACACAUGGAAGACCUUUCCUAUCAUCCUCCUGAACCCAAUACUAGUAGUUACGGUUACUUCAAGUGCAUGAUCGAAAUUGCUGGAUCCAGUCAUUCACUCCACCUCGCAUCAAAGAUGUUGGAAUUGUUAGUUAGAAUAACAUCCAUAAUGGUCUCAGGAGUGUGUGACUCCAGAGUUUGAACUCUGGUUGGUUUAAAUUUCGUUCCUCUUCUACAUAUAGAUGUGCUAGAAUUUUUUUACUUCUGAUGUAUUGGGUCUCAUUCUAUGAACCCUAAAGUUUAUUAAGGUUUAAUUAUAUAUACGACAACAUUCUGUUGAUUCAGAGAGGCCUAGUUUGAGGUGCGACUCAGUUCUUCCUCCAGAAGAAGUCUACAGUAACCAGUUAAUUUUUCGGUUAGUCUAUAGAUUCCAACUAGGAUUAGUUUUUUUCUAUUUUUAAGCUGUUUCGAUUCAGUUUUUCGGAGGCCAUACCGAUAUUUAUUAAUCGCCUUAAAAGUGAUUUUAUCCUUGUCCGAUUGCUAUAAAAUUUCCACUAGUGAUCGAAUAUGAAUUCAAGUUUGUCAAGUUUUUAAGUGAAUUUGAUAUCACUAUGACAACAAUAAAUGCAAUCAAGAACAAAAUCAGUUUGUAUAACUGGUUAUUAAAAUACGACUAAAAUAAAGGUUUGUCAAUUGAGUUUCUCUCUGUUCACAAACGAUACGAAACACAGUUUGAAAAUUCAAAACUUUGAGAGCAAUCCUCACAAAAACUUGUUUUAAAAAAAGUCAUGAACAUUAACUUUUGUUCUUGUACCUUUUUAGAUCGCAUGUUGUUGCCUUAAGUUUGAGUUCAUUUGCUCGGUGAACGAAUUUGUUUGAUCAUAACAAAGAUAACCUUAGGCUGGCGAGGAUUUCAUUGUCACAGGGGGUCACACGACCAGCCGCAACCAGGGUUCUUUCUCGAGGAAGGAAGAGAGAGAACCCUGGGAAUGACGCCACAAAGCCUGCUCUUCUGUACUGAAGACUUAAAGAAAUCAAUUUAUUCAAGCUAAUUUAUUCAACGUGUUUUAUCACUCAGUUUUUGCACCACCUGACUCUAGCAGCGCUACUGUAUGUCUACCCAGACUCAACGACAGCGUUAAACAUGAACUAUCUGAAGUACGUCUUAGCCCUAGCAACAUUUAUAAACAGCUUCAAUCGCUUGACGUUAACAAAGCUUCCCUUGGUUUCCCAGUAAGUUAUUGCAAGCAUGUGCUAAUAAAAUUUCACCUUCGUUAUGUAGAUUAUUCAAUUUGUCCUUAGAGCUUGGGACAUUUCCUGAAAAAUGGAAAGACGCAAAUCUUAUCCCUAUUCAUAAAUGUGAGUCUAAGACGAUGGUUUCAAACUACCGUGGUAGUUUAUAAGGAGAUCUUCAGUGUUAUUUGCCCGCAUCUUACCCACUGGCAGCAUGGUUUUCUACCAGGAAAAUCCACUGUGUCUCAACUAUCUCAAGUUGUUCAUCAAUUAGCUAACGCUCUUGAGAGGAGACAACAAGUUAAUGUUAUUUAUUUAGAUUUUUCUAAGGCUAUUGAUCUUGUGUCUCUCGAAAAACACCUGUUUAAGCUAGAAUGCCUUGGUAUUGGUGGAUCCUUGUUGGCUUGGUUUAGAUCAUAUUUAUCGGGUAGAAGACACAGAGCUGUGAUAGAUAACGUGUCUUCUGAUUUCAUCCCUGUAACAUCUGGAGUCCCGCAGAAGUCAAUUUUGGGGCCUUUACUGUUCUUGCUUUUUAUCAAUGGUAUGCCUAAUGCGAUUUCAAAGGAAACAUCUCUACCCCUCUUUGCUGAUGACUCAAAAGUUUUUUCGCUUAAUUCUAGGGCGGGAUGACGGUGACAAAUUGCGGGGUGACUUGAACAAGUUAUUUCAGUGGUCUCGUAUCUGGGGAAUGAAGUUUAAUGCCAAGAAGUGUAAGGUUUUAAGGGGGGACUCGUAUAAGAUCAAUCAAUGACAGGGACUAUUACCUUGGUGGGAUUAAGUUAGACCGUGUUGAUGUUGAGAAAGACUUGGGGGUUUUGGUUAGCCACAAUUUAAGCUGGAAUGAUCACGUUGAUCUUAUCUCCUUGAAAGCUCAAAGAGUGCUUAAUGUCCUUUACCGAACAUGCAGGGACAUAUAUGAUAUUAGUACAGAGAAAUUACUUUAUAUUGCUUGGGUUCAUUCGCGCCUUCAAUAUAUGCUAGCGUGGUAUGGUCUCCUCAUACCAAACGAAACAUCAACAAUUUGGUGCAACGCAGGGCUACAAGAUUCAUUUUUGGAAGGGAUUAUUCUGAGCAUGAGCGCCUUAGUAAGUUAAAUUUAUUACGUUUGAAGUAUUGCAGAGAAAUUAAUGAUUUCGUUUUCUUUUUUAAGUAGUAGCAGAAACUCAUAAGGGGUUGAAACGUGUAACUCUCAUAUGUUUGCUUUGUCCGAUGCUCGUGAUUAUUCAUUUUCGAAAGUACCAUAUUUGGAACGAGAAGAAGAGAUAACUGACCAAUCAAAUUUCGUAAACAACGAGACGUAAUUUUCCUUCAGGUUCCCGCGCCCGCUUAAAAAAAUGGCCGACAAACGGGAGAAAAACUCCCGAAAGCCGCGAAAUCUUUCAAAGGUUGAAACCAGGAAUAUUACCGAAACACUGAGCAGGAUAUUAUUGCUUUACCACAGACGUAACAUUAUGAAACCCAUUGACGGCCUCGCAACUUCUUGGAAGUUGUCACUUCAAAAAACGAUGCCUCGUUGACCCUCUGCACAGUAAACUUAUACUGCAAAUAGGCUUUUAAAAUUCUUAUGUUAAAAGUCUAGAAUAAACAGUGAAAAAUAUUUUCGAAUAAAAUUCUUUAGCUGCUUAUCGAAAAGUGUCCAAAACCUGAACCUGACGUCUUCGCAAAAAGUGAUGCUUGUAAUGAAUGUGAGAAGCAUUUUAAAAGCUUAAAUUAAACUUAGAUGUUGUAGUCACGAUCGUGUUUUGAGCUAAUUUUAUGAAUGAACAAACUCAAAACAAUAGACAGAGAAGCCGUUUCUUGAAAUUUUUUAUUCAAAGUCCAAAAAGUUAAUCCUUUAAAGCAAUUCGGAAAACACUAUCUGGAUCGUGGAUCGGUUCACACAAGUGAAAUCGGCUAAGCACAUGGCAAAAUUCAACACAAAAUCCAUCUCAAAUCAGGGCACAUUUUGUAAUUUUUCUUUAGCGCCGAAGAGAAAAAUUUAUAAAACGUCUAUGAAACAUUUAAAUAUACAUAAAUUCCCUUUCAAAAACGUAACUGUCUUGGCCAUAUAGAGCAAAAUGUACCUGACAAUUCAGCAGAAACUUCGCUGACUUGGUUGCAUUUCAAAACAGACCAUGGGCUCCGCCGUGAAGAAAACAAGGUUGAAUUCCUCGAAGGACGAUUUCUUGAUGAAAAGCUUCCCUUUCUCCACAAAAAGAAAGUGAGCAUUCUUUUGAACUUUCUCUUUCCAUUUUUUGUCUUUUAACGGUGUAUUUUUACUCUUGUCUUAAAACAUCUGCAUGGUGAUCGCGCAGCAGCCAUUUUGUUGAAAAUGGAUAUCCGUCACUAAGGUUUCCAAAUAUGGUCAAAAUGAAUAUUCACGAGCAUUGAACGCGAGUUACACGUUUCAACCCCUUAUGGGUUUCUGGUAGUAGUAAUAGACGAGGGGUUCUACGCAGUGGUGGAGGUGGUUGAGUUGACGUCACAAUAGAUGAUGAUGUAGGCAGUAAAAUCAUUGGCGUGUUUCAAUUGAUCCGUGUUAAGUUAUUUUAUGUUUUUAUUGUUUUUAUGAUAAUAAGUCACUUGAAGGUUCUCUCCUGGGGUUUUUCCUGCAGAGCUGAACGAAUUUGUAUGCAACGGUGGGCUUGCGAACUCACAUAAUAAACUGACUAACGAUGUCCAAAAGUGGUCGAUGGUGGACAACAACCUAUCGCUCUAAUCACUUCGCAAUGUUAGAGUCUUAAAUGAUUUUACUGCCUACAUCAUCGCCUUAUAUAACUGCUCUCAGAUUUGAUAUAUUAAAGUGGGAUAAAUAACAGCAUAUAAUUGUCCCCAUUCUUCCUGCAUCAGUUCCAGAUCCUCUGCAAAUUUCAAGAACACCAAAACUCUGCCCAAAUUAACUCUUUAGAAUACUUCAGAAUGGAGUUCUUUCAGUGUGGAAAUUGUUGAUCCUGAGAGGUCGCAAAAUGUUUUCUUGAGAGACGUUAUUUCUUUUAAGGGGGGAGCUAUGGCCCUCGCGAUCAUACGAUGUAAGCUUUAUUCUUAUAAAAGACUGAAUAAUACCUAUUUUCGUUUUGGAUGAUAAUAAUAAUUAAUCAUAAUAACCUUCAUUCAUAUGAUCUUAAAAAGAUAAAAGUAAAUAAUGAUGUCAUAGACUAUACAAAAUAGCUGAUAAUGUCAAAAACCCCUUUCUAAUUUAAGCUGAUGAUGUCAUCUCACCAGUUACCAUAUUAAAUGGCUAUUUUUAUGAUGAUCGCAUCGUUUUUUGAUGACGUCAACUCCCUAGAUUGUUAUACAGAAUACCUUUCUAUUUUUAGAUGAUGAUCUCAUCAUUUUAAUCCCCUGAGCUAUUGUGACGUCAACUCCACCACCUCCACCACUGCGUAGAACCCCUCGUCUAUAACUACUUUAAGUGUCUUAAGAAUAUAUAUAAGGCAAACAUUUUAAAUUAUGUAUCGUUUCGCCCUUGUACCAAACCCCUCAGGAAUGUUGAUAAUUUAACGCUUGAUGUCCCUUUCAGCAGGACUGACGUCUUUAAUAAUUCUUUUUUUGUUCGGAUCUGUCGCCUGUGGAAUGAAUUACCUCUUAGUAUAAGAGAAUCAAAUACCUUGUCAAUCUUUCGUAAGAAUUUGAUGGCCUUUUAUUAUGACAAGUUUAAUGUAAAUUUUCUCUGAUAUCACAAUUGGCAAUUUUUCAAUUGAAUUUCAUUUUUGAGCUAUUUUGAAAAAAUAGCUCAUAUGUCAGUGGUGUGAGCGUAUGUAUCUUUGUGGCUUUGUAUCUUUGUAUGUUGGGAUGUUUGUUGCAAGAGCCAAUAAGUUUGAAGGUACUAUGAGUUGAUGCUUAGGAACCAAUGAGAUCUUGGCAUCUAUUUGAACAUGGUAUUGGUAAAGGUCGAACUUUGAGACCGCCAUCUUGAUCCUUCACAAUUUUUUCGUCUUUUAUUACGGGUACAGGUGUUUGGAAGCAUUACAUAAAAUAUCUUCAUGAUUCAAACGCUGUGAACAGUGAUGCAGCUGUUUAAGGGUUCAUAUUUAAGUGUGGAUGCUGCUUCGAGGCAUUUCUGACCUAAUUCGGCUAUCGGUACAACGCACGUCAGUAUGAGUUCUGUUUCACCUGCUACAACUGGGUAGAGUAUAAAAGAUCAUAUAUUUUCAAAUCUCUUCCAAUAAAGCAAUAAUUGAUAUUUAGAUAUAGACUUUAAUUCGAAAGUAUGCGCCCUAUAAAAUGUGGUUUUAGAAGUUUAAAAGGCAGCUUAUUUUUUUGAAAGCUGUAUCGAGUAUUGUUAAUCCGGUAAACAAGCUUUAAAAAUAUUAUUCUCUCGCUUACAAAGUUCAACCGACCUUUUUCGUUCUAUUUAGUAAAGAUGCGUAACUUCAGUAGAAACAGUAGCGUUAGGGAAUAAAAUUGGAAGAAGCUAGUUGACACAAUAAUUAGAUACUGUUAUAUUGAGUGGAGCAACAUGAUAUAAGUAGAAAUGUAUUUCAGCAGUUUGAUAAUUUUCUUGGAAGUUAAUAAAUGUUAGGCUAUCAACCUUGACGUUGCAUGAAACAUAAUUUAAUUGCAGAUGUUGUAAUAAAGUUGAGGUGAUUUCUUAAAAUCGUUUGAGAAAGUUUUGUAGUAAAACAAUUUGCCUCUCUUUUACGUAGGAAUUGUGAAAGGGCCAAAGACCAACAUCUUCACAUGCAAAUUGUGUGCAUGAGUUAUUUUUAUAAUUCUGUUUACUAGAUUACUGUUUGAUAACUCGAAUUCCCUCACGUACGAACCACUAAAGGGGGCAAAGUCCAACACUUUCACGUGCCAGCUGUGUGACUGUACAUCUCAUGCAGAUUGGCUUUUCACAACAAUAGUAGUAACUUGGACGUAUGAAGACCUGUUUCGUUUAGUAACCAAUGCCUUAAAAAGGCUCUUGUCUUAUAAGAAGCAGUGGCUUUUAAAACAUAACGAAAUAAGUUGUCGGAGUUAAAGACUGUUUCACAAAUGUUAAUAAAUGUUAGGUUAUCAACCUUGACGUUGCAUGAAACAUAAUUUAAUUGCAGAUGUUAUAAUGAAGCCGAGGUGAUUUCUUAAAAUCGUGUGAGAAAAUUUUGUAAUAAAACAAUUUGCCUUUUUUUUACGUACGAAUUGUAAAAGGCCAAAGACCAACAUCUUCACGUGCAAAUUGUGUGCGUGAGUUAUUUUUAUAAAUCUGUUUACUAGUUUACUGAAUGAUAACUCGAAUUCCCUCACGUACGAACGACGAAAGGGGGCAAAGUCCAACACUUUCACGUGCCAGCUGUGUGACUGUACAUCUCAUGCAGAUUGGCUUUUCACAAUGAUAAAUAGUAACUUGGACGUAUGAAGAUCUGUUUUGUUUUGUAACCAAUGCCUUAAAAAAGACUCUUGUCUUUUGAGAAGCAAUAGCUUUUAAAACAUGAAGAAAUGAGUUGUCGGAGUUAAAGACUGUUUCACUGAACUAUUCAGUAUUCGAUGAGUCACAUUUUGGCUUAAGAAACUCCGAGGAAACCUUAGAGUUUUCCUUCUAAUCAACGUUUGGUGAGUAGAAGUUUAUUUCACUUUAACCAUUUGUUUAACUUGCAUGAUGUAACAGGGAAAGACAGAGGAAAGUGAAUAUAUAGGUUGAGGAUCCACUCAGCUGAGCGUUUCGCGUUUUCAUUUAUGCACCGCAAUACGCAAUUUCGCAUGAAAACCCAAUCUACAUUUAGGAUGAAAACGGGUAGAUUCAUCACUCUUGGUAAGGUUACACCGAAGCAUUAAAGUUACACUGAAGCAUUCAAAAUAGCUCAUGCACGUUUAACGUGCCUAUGUUUCAUCUCAUGUCUUCUGUAAUUUUUAAAUAAUACCUUUUAAAAUAAUGUUUUAGAUAAUUUUAUUACUUGAUUAAUUCUCUAGAUCUAUUUAUGAUGUAAUAAUAGGUGGCUUAUUUUUAAGGAGUCUUGUACUCUGUUUUAAGGCUACCACAUUGAGCGAUUGAUUGAUUUAAUUGUCAUUGUAAUUGUAAAUCUGAAACUUGAUUAAAUUAGAAUUAAAAUUAAAUUUUACUGCCUCAUAAUAUAUCAAUCUUGAAACUGAAAAGUGACAUUAAACGACAGUUAAUCUCGAGAAUAUGAAUUUCUUAAAAAUAUCUAUCCAGCGCUUUCAAAAUUAUUCGCUUAUUUGUUAAUUAAAAGUAGACCAAAUUUUUUUCCAAACCGCUAACAAGAGUGCAUCGAUACUUACUAAUCAAAUCCUUCUUUGUAGCAAUCAGCUAGAGCUAUCUAUGUGAUCUUUGUUACAUGUUUUUUAACAGACUGAAACUACAAUGACGUGUAAUUGCAUUUCAAAAGCGUCUUGUUUUGUACAGAUAACGGCUGAAAAUCAAGAUUGUCCAGUUUUUUACCGUAUUUCCAACUAUAAAAACUUCAUACCAAAAUAUCUCGAUAACGCUGUCGUAGAUUUCGCUUAAACGUCAGGAGCAUCGGGGACAAAAAAGUUCCUGUGAACGAUUGAAAAAAGAACAAUUCCCAGUGCCGAGAAAUAUAACUGCAAGUAAAAUAGGUAAUGGUGUCAGUUCGCUGGUAUGACAACUCCAAUUUCAACGCAAGUAGUGACGGGAAUCGGCUGAAAUUUUAUCAUCCGUCAUCGGAAAUAAACGGAUUGACCCAACUGAUCGAUCAUCGAUUUUACUCGGAAAAUCUAUCGAUAAAAAAACAUGUCUGUUUCACCUGUGUACAAGUCACAGUGGUAUUAUUAUUAUUAUUAUUAUUAUUAUUAUUAUUAUUUACAUUAACAUUAGUAAACUAACUGAUUUUCUUCUUAAUAGUAUUUAGAAAUUGCAUUCCCCAAGCCUGGUAGGUUAUUUAAUCUGCCAUCGAGGGUAAUUUACAGUUUACACAUUUUUUUUGGUUUUUAUUCGUCAUCAAUAAGUUUUUUUUCAUUUGUCCGCGAUAAUCGAUUGUCAUCAUCCAUAAUCGAUUGUCGCAACGCUUAAAGAUUUUCGAUCAAUGAUCGAUUAUAAUCGAUGACGGGCACACCCCUAAUCGCAACCCUGAUUGAUAACAAAUUUUCAUCUUUAUCUAAUACAGCUGUGGUGGUAAUUUUUCCAAAUCUUUGUUAAUGGUGACGUAUGCAAUUACCCCAUGAGCCAAUGGCUUUUCUUUUACUUAACAUCUCACUAUUAUAAUUAAUAUUCCAGAAAAACUAAGAUUUAUGACUGUUUUGCUAACUUUUGCUUUAGUCGUUAGCCUUGCUCCACUGGUGUUUGCAUUGCCAGUAAUUUACUUUCCUAGGGAAGGGUAUUAGGGAUUGUUCUUUUGUUCUUUUUGGCAAAAGAGGGGGUGUUAGUUUUAUAUUGUGGUUGGGGGCGGGGGUGAUGAUGCUCAUUUAAGAGGCUGUUCCAGUAAAACCUGCCCACUCAAUUUCGCGUGAAAGAUAAUUUUGCCUGAAACUCUGGCAAGUGAAAGGCUUUAUCUACACUCUUAACUACAAUAGGUUUGCUUUGGUAAAAAAUAAUUUUCUGGCCGGAUUGUCAGCGUGGGAUUCAAAUAUGGCCGCAUACCAGCAGUUUUUAAAGUACAUUUACUGGAAUUUUAUGGAAUCUGGCAUCUCAGGGACUCGAAAAUGGCUCAAUUUGUGAAUCAGUGCCAGUAAUGAAUUAGGUAAGCCAUACUUUUGACAAAAUCUGCUUGAGAAAGAUCCGUAACGCUAGAGCUGAAAAUAUCACAUUAUCUCAAAUAUGCGUUGACACGAACGGUCAUAACUUUUAAAAUACUGAAAUAGAACAUGGGUUUUUGUAUAUUCUUAAUAACAGUUGAUCUAUCUUUUGGACUAUUUGGUCUAGAACAUUCAACUAGGUCCCAAACGUCAGAAAAACCUUUUGUACCAGGAGCCAAGUAAAUAAAACUUUCAGUUUUCAAGACGUGCAAACUGGCUGUCGUGGGACAAAAUACUCAGCGCGACCAGACAAUAGACGGUUUUAGCUUGUAAGUUUUUUUCCCAUUACAGACCACAUAAUGCUGACUGUUUUUUGUUUCAAAUUUCGUCUUAUGCAUGUGCAUCCACUUGCCUGUGUAUACAUAAUUAAUGAAAAGACAAAAGACAAAUUCCCUGGAGAACAUUACGUGGCCUGUAUUUGGAAAACAAAACAUACAAGGUAUUAUUUUGAAUCAAAGCAAAACUAUUUUAGUUAUAGCCUUAAUAAAGCCUUUCACUUGCCAGAGUUUCAGGCAAAAUUAUUCUUCACGCGAAAUUGAGUGGGCGGUGUUUACUGAGACAGCCUCUUCAAAAUCGUCCUUGCCUCCCCCCUGCAGUAUAAAUAAUGAAUGUAGCCAUGAGUCCUUAUGUAGCCAAAUACAACAUUAAAUUUAGGGGCUUGCUUUACCCAGUACCUGUACGACAUUUUCCCAGUACCUCUCGGUCAAUUCGCUUGGGUGACGUAUCUGAGGCGAACGGGCGGGAAACAUGUUUGCUUUUCCACGUGACCCAAAACGCUUUGUCCUCCCGGGAUAAUGAGGCCUGGCAACUAGGCAAGAGCUUGCUGAGAACUUGGUCAUGUGUAGGAGAGAGGAAAGGGCUGGUGAUGUACUUCAGGCAAGAGUUAUAUUCUAAAUAUAUUAGAAUAUAUUACUACUUUGAUUGAACUUGACUCACUGCAAUCAAUUUUGCUGCAAAUAUCAGACUGUUGGCAAGUCACCAAACCUUUACUUGACUUUACUUUAAAAUCUAAAUGGGGGGCCACUCAAGUUGUAGCCUGCAAAAACAUCCGUUUCUCCUCGCUUUUCGCCGCUUGGGACGUUUCGCUCGGAGGAUCGUCUGCGACUCAGCGACAGAAAUUCCAUGCUGAUGACGUAAAAUCUGUCCGGAAACCUGUCAGAAGCGCUGAUUGGUUGACGGAGUAGUUACAUUGUUUUAGUUUUUGUUUACGAAUGACAGACAAAAGACAAAAGGCCACAAAGGUCAAAUGUACAGGUAAACGCGAAGAAUCUCUAACAAAACAGUCAAUAUUUGUGGAAUAGAGUCUUCCCUGGAAGAAGCGUUUGAGUUUCGCUGGAGCUCGUUGGCAGAUGAACACAACUCUUUAAUAAAAUCGACCAGAAGACACAUAAAAUUGGACAAAUGUAUAUUUCGAACCCCAUGACAACCGAAAUUAUUAUGUAAACACUGAUUUGCGUCAUCAGUAUGGAAUUUCUGCUGCUGAGUCGCAGACGUUCCUCCGCGCGAAACGUCCCCAGCGGCAAAGAGCAAGGUGAAACGGAUGUUUUCGCAGGCUAAUCAAUUUGAGUAUUGUAAUGGCUUAAAGUUUAUUGAUUAUAUUUUAAGUAUAUUCUAGACAGAAGCUUCGUUUUUUAGGCUUGGCUAAAUCAUUAUUAUUGGUUCGUAUUUAUGCAUUCUUUAUCUUUCAAACUUUGGAUCUGUAGGUCUAGGUUCAGGCUUUGCUUUAAACUACAAAAAGCCCUGGUUUCAGUGAGCCCAAGGCCUAGACCUAAUUUAAACAUAAACAAUUAAAAUCUGACCCAAUUUCAAAACCAAAAUGGCACAAAAAGCAUACCUUUACGUAUAUAGUUAUGUACGUACCUACAUACAAGUGUACCUCACCCAAGAAGAUAUUUACUCCAUUUUUUCAUCUGGGCCUGGUUCCUGAAAGGCCGAUUAGCACUAUUCCAGGAUUAAAAUUUCGUUCCACUUUGUGUGUUUAUCUUCCUAUGCCUUGCUUAGGGUAACAUUGUGUGUUAUCAUUUCUCUUUUUUCAAAGUAAAGGCAAAACAGAAUUUUUAAGCUUCAGUUACAUGUUCUAAGACGAGAAAACUUUGCUUAAAAUUUGGCUUAAUCCUGAGUUAAACUUAACCAUCUUUUAAGGAACCGGGGCCUGGCCACCCAAUUGUACCGGUGAUGACAAAGAGUUGAGGGUAACCCUGUGAUGGAGUAGCAUCCCAUCCAGGGGGCUUACUACAAUAUUCUUACAGUGUCUGUAGGUGAGUCAUGCUACAGAAACCCAGGUGAGGCUUUACUUUUGUUGUUGUUAUUUUUUAUAGAGGCUUCAACCAUCCAGCCCUUACUGAACGCGACAACAACUGAACGGGAAAACUUGAAUCUCUCUUGUAAUGCAUCUGGUACUCCUCCGCCAGUCGUGUCAUGGGUGAGAAUCAGCACUGGUCAACGCUUUGAUGGUCAUGUGUUAGCACUCACGAAUAUUAACAGGGGCGAAGCUGGAGACUACAGAUGUGAAGCUAGUAAUGACUGUGGGAAUGACUCAAAGACUACGACAAUUCAUGUUAAGUGUAAGUACAGUUUCUUGUUCAGCUGUCACAGUGGUUUGCACUAGUAUAAGUGACACGUACAGUUCAACAGUUUAUGCUCAACAAACAGUGUGUUACAGACCUGUCUUGAUUCUGGUCCAGUGCGUGAGCAUUAACAUAACAACUACUUACCAUUACAGUACCUAAAAAACCUGUUUUCACGCCUUAUUAAAGUUUCUUUUAAAAACCAUUACCUAUUUUACUUGUUCACAAAAUCACCGUUAAAAACAUUUCAAAAUGAUUUUAAAGGCCAUUUUGUAUUGCUGCCAUGUGGAGAACUGUGACUGAUUUCCGUGCUUUGUGUAGAACCAUUUGUUUUCGUUUCGCAACAGAAUAAGAAAAGGAACGUACAGUCAACUCUCUCUAAGAUUGUGUCUUGCAAUAUGUGUCUGUCUUAGGGAUAUGUCCAUCUAGGAGGAGUUAAGAAUAGGGGCCAACUCGAGGUGUCUGUUUUAGCAAGGUGUCCAUUUUAUAGAGGUGUCAUUUAAGAGAGUUGACUAUUGUCAUGUACUGACGAGAGAUCCGAGAACUCACCCGGACAACAUGGCGGUUCACUACAAACACGUUUUAUUGAAUCUAUGUGUGUGCAUGUGAUUACUAUAAUUAUAUGGUAAAUGCACAGGGAGACCAUAACACUUCCUCCACACAAAAAUGAUCCGUCCCUAGUUUGUAACUGAGCCUAAGAUACAAUCAUAAGGAAACAACUAAAUCGACUAACAGUGUACGGUAACGUGCAGUUUCUAAGAAAAACAGAAAAACAGUUCAGAGGUCCAGUCUCUGUUUUGCCCUGCGCACUCUCUGAGGGUACCGCCCCUCAUGGACCAUAGGACUGACUAGAGUCGCUUCAGAAGGAUCGGGAACUAUAGGUGUGGGAACAGGAACCAUCUCCGGUUGAUCUGCCAUGGGAAUCUCUGGAACUGUACCAACCACAUUAGGUGGAGCACUCAGUUGGAUUGGCGCUGGUGGUGUGCUGUGUCAGUGUCGAUGUCAGUGACCUCAACUGCGCGCUCAACUGCUGUUGGCUUCAAGUGGUCGACAUGUCGACGCCAAAUAACCCCUGGUGCCACCUGCACCUCGUAAAUCAGUGGACCUGUCUUGUUGACAAUCAGCCCUUAACGCCACUUCAGAUCCCCUCGAUAAUCUUGUGAAAUCACCGAGUCACCAACCUCUAACUGACGACGCUGUCUACCCUUCUCAUUCGCGGCCCUGAUGAUCUGCUGGUGCUGUUGGUUAACCAUAUUACGGUUCAAGUUGGGUUUCACCAAAUCUAGACAAGUGUGCUACCGUCUUUCAACGAGUAACUGUGCUGGGCUCACACUGAUAGUGAAGUGAGGAGUGUUCCUAUAAGCUAUGGGAAAAUUUGCCAACUUCGCCUUCACUGGCGUAGAGCUUUGAUGCAUGGAACGUAAUGCCUGCUUGAAGGUUUGUACUGCCCUCUCCGCUCGACCGUUUGUAGCCUGAUGGUAUGGCGCUGAUGUUAUAUGACGGAUGCCAUUGGACCUGACGAAUGCCUGGAACUCCUCAGAAACAAAUUGUGCACCAUUGUCGCUAAUGAUCUGUUCAGGAAUUCCAAAUCUGGCGAACAAAUUGCGUAGGACUUCGAUGGUCGAACUUGGAAGUGGUGGAACUAACCGGAAACACUUCCGGCCACUUGCUGUGUGCAUUGACAACCACUAAGAACUUGGAGUUGUGAAACGGGCCGGCAUAGUUGAUGUGUAUGCGUUGCCAUGGUGCAGUGGCCUACUCCCACCGAUGCAGUGGUGCUUUAGUAGGCAUCUUCUGGUUUUGCUGACACCCACUACAGGCUUUCGCUAGUUCUUCCAGUUGGCCAUUGAUAUUAGGCCACCAGACGUAGCUCCUCGCUAGUGCUUUCAUCUUUACCACACCCAGAUGCCCGUCCUACACUCUGUCUUGGAGCCUAUUGGGGAUUCCCCAUAGAAUGCAACCUUGGUGAACCAUAGUAAGGCUUGUCUCCAUCUACGCGAGCAGACCAUCCUUUCACAAUAGACUCGUGCAGCCUUGCCAGGACUGGGUCACGACGUGUUUCUCUAGCAACUGCUUCACUAGUUACAGGUAGUGGCAGAAACUGGGAUGCGUGGAACACCUCUGACGAAUCCACUCCCAUCUCUUCACCCUCCUUUCUGCUGGAGGGGGAGCCAAGACAGUCCAUCAGCAUUGCAGUGCUCGGUCGUACUCUUAUAGUCUAUCCUGUAAUCGAAACCAGCCAAGAACAAUGCAUAUCGCUAGAGUCUCAAAGCGGUCAUGGUAGGAACUCCCUUUUCUGGGUGGAAAAUGGCAGUGAGGGGCUUGUGGUCUGUAAUGAGCGUAAAUCGCCUCCCCUAGAGGCAUACAUGGAACCGUUUCACACCCCACACAAUGGACAAUGUCUCCUUGUCAAUCUGUGCAUACUUGGGUUCUGUCUUGGUCAACGAUCGGGAUGCAAAAGCUACCGGCCUUUCGCUGCCAUCAGGCAUGAGGUGUGAAAGAACUGCACCGAUGCCGGUUGGUGAAGCAUCACAUGCAAGCCUAACUGGUAACACUGGAUCGUAAUGCGUUAGCACCUGCUCAGAUGUAAUCAUGCGCUUAGCCUCGGUGAAGGCUUGCUCGCACUGUUCAGUCCACUGCCAUUCACUGCAUUGUUCUAACAACUGGUGAAGUGGGUGGAGAACUGUGGACACAUUAAGCAAGAAGCAGUUGUAAUAGUUAAGGAGCCCUAAAAAUGAGCAAAGCUGUGACACAUUCUCAGGUCUAGGUGCGCUAACUACUGCCUCGAUCUUCUCUUGUGUCUUGUGGAGACCUUCUCUGUCGAUCUUAUGCCCUCAGAACUGAACUCUAUCCCUGAAGAACUCACACUUCUCCUUGUUGGCAUUCAGACCCGCAUCUUGUAGUUGCUUGAGCAUGCUCUCUAGGUUCUCCAAAUGCUCUUCAUUGGUUUUGCCCGAAACGAUUAUGUCAUCCAGGAUACACUGGGUGCUGGUAUUCCCUGUAAUACCUCGAAGAAAUGCCAAAAACUAAGCGAUUGUAUUGGAAGAGGCCCUUGUGUGUAUUGAUCGUAGGGAAUUUCUUGGAUUCGUCUGUUACUUCCAUCUGGUGAUUAGCUUGGCGCAGGUCAAGUUUGUUAAAAUGCUUAACCCCAGCCAAAUUCGCAAAAAUAUCCUAUAUGUGCGGCAGAGGAUACUGUUCUGCAAGAAAUACUGGAUUGACUGAAACCUUGAAGUCACCACACACACACACUGAUCCGUUUCGCUUAACUACUGGGACAAUCGGGGUAGCCCAUUCACUGUAUUCUACGUUAGAAGGAAUACCGUCCUUCUCGAAACGUGUCAAUUCUGCUUCUACCUUGGGGCGGAGUGCAUAUGGAACUUGGCGUGGCUUAUGACAGCUAGGCUGGCAGCCCUCCUCGACCUUCAAAUCAGCCUUGUGGCCUUUAAGUGUGCCCACGCCCUCAGAAAAUACAGAGUCGUACUGCUGCAACAACUGAUCCACUUUGCAUUGCACGACCCCUUCCAGAGUCUUGCUAAGCUUAAGGGCUUUGAUUUCACCCCAGUUCAGCUGAAUUUUCAAGAGCCAGUCACGCCCAAACAAUGCUGGCUCCGGUGUCUCAACCACUUGUAGUGUUAACUCCUUUUCCUGGCCCUUGAACUUAAGAUUACACUUCAUCUCUCCCUUAGGUGUGAUUUUCUGCCCAGUGUAGGUUUUAAGCGUUACAGGGCUCUUUGCAAGUUUCACAUGACCAAAAAUGUUUCUUAUACUGUUUGUAUGGGAGUACAGACACAGCUGAACCUGUGUCUAGUUCCAUCUUGACCACCCUUCCCUGUACUUCGGGGCUGACCCAUAUGACGUGUUCCUUGUCGCUCACGUUAUUAACCUCAAGGAAUCCCAAAUAAUCAUCGCUGUCCCCGUCAUCAGUGUCCACAAAAUUUACUGGGGGUUAGGCAGCUUGUGUCUCCCUUUUCUUGGAUUUACAAGCCCUCACAAUAUGGCCGGUCUUGUUACAGUGGUGACAUUUUUCCUUUUUGAAGGGACAACUUUUAUGAUCAUGAUUUCCCGAACAGCGGUAGCAACUUUAAUCUUUGGUGGAUGGGGAACCCUUUUUCUCUGAAGUCGUAACUUCUUUCUUAGGUUUAGGCUUCUUGCUUGGCCUUGACUUGGCUAACAUAUCGACUGGGUUUGACUCUUUUUACCCCCCCCCCAAGAGCUUCGACAUCCUUGUAAGAUUGCUCAAUAGCGAUGCACUUCGCUACAGCAACAUCAAAUGUCAGUUGCUCGAGUUUGAGUUUCAAGAACUCUGACAUCAUUCUCUUACAUGUAUCUCGAAUACCCGAAACCUUUGCAAACGCGUGGCAUCAAGGACAUACUGACUCACCGUUUCUCCUGCGUUACGCGCUCGGUUGUCAAACUCAUACCUGGCGACUAAGGCAUAUUUCUGGGGCUUCAAUUGCUUUUAGAGACGCUCUACGAUCGUGUCGUACGUGAGAGAAUCUUCUCUUAACGAUAUCGGGGCCAGUUGGUACGUUUCAGUGGGAAGAUCAGUUAACAGGACGGCUUUGUUCUGUUUCGAGUUGGUCACUCCAUUGGCCACGAAGAAGAAUUAUAGCUGUUCUGCGUACGCCUCGAAGUCAGCUCCCACUGUGAACUUCUGAACUUUCCUGAUGUUACGAACCGGAUUUGCUGCCGCAUCAGACUCGAUUGUCAUCUUGAAACGUAGUGUUGAUCUUGUUCAGGAAUGUCUUCACUUUUUCGCAGUAAAAUAUCCCGUAAGAUCCCAUCCUCGUCGCCAAAAUUUUCAUGUACUGACGAGAGAUCCGAGAACGCACCCAAACAACAUGACGGUUCACUACAAACACGUUUUGUUGCAUCUAUGUGUGCGCAUGUAAUUACAAAACAUGGUAAACGCACAACUGUAGAAAUAAUACCGUAAAAUUCCGAAAAUAAGCCCCAGGGCUUAUAUUUUUCAAAGGCCUUUUUUGAGGGGCUUAUUUUUGGAGGGGCUUUAUAUACGGAGGGAAAUUUGCGUUUCAAAAUCGAUUGGGCUAGCUUAUAGUUGCAAGGAAAUUUAUGCCAGUUAUUAGCAGAAAUUUCAACUGAAACUCGCCUUGAGGACGUACAUGUAGAUCUUACUAAAACUCAGCCGUGCAAGUAAAUUGUCUAUAUGGAAUGAGGAAAUACAAGCCAAGAGUUAAGAGUUAACUACGCAAACAGCAAUAUACUGUGACACUUUUUGACCGCAAUCAUUAGCACACUUAAUAGUUCUAUGAGAAAUGCAAAAUUAUUUUGUCAAUGUACAGUUUUUGCUUGCUUGUAUUUUAAAUUUAAGGGCAAUUUCCAGGUACGAGUCCCUUGAGGCUUGUAUCUGGAGGGGCGAUUUAAAGGAAGGUUUUUUGCGUUACGAGUUUGGGGGGGCUUAUUUUACGGAAUUUUACGAUACUAUUGUAUCGACUAAUUUUAUGUUUGUAUCCUUCAGUUAAACCAACUGUGACAUUCAAACGAUGUCCCACUCCAGUUACUGAGGGUCAUAAUGCGACUCUUUAUUGCAACGCUACUGGUUACCCUGUGCCUAAUUUUGCAUGGAUCAAUGCGAGUUCAGGAAAUAUUGAGUCGCCUACCAAGACUCUUGUGAUAACAGCUAUUACAAGGAGUCAAAGAGGCAUCUAUAUAUGUCAUGCAUCAAAUGAGAUCGGAAAUGGCACACAGACCUGUGAAAUUGAUGUGUACUGUAAGUUGCAUUUAUUAUUGAAUAGAAGAUUUUAUUGAGAUAACAAAUUUUAGCUCAAAGGUUUUGAGCACUACAUGUAGUUGCCUACAAAUUUCAUUCAGCAAAUGGAGCUUUCUCUUGGUGUUUAAUGCUUCUUUGCUAGAAAAAUAACUGUAGAUUGGUUAUACUUUUACAAUCCUUUACCAAGAAUAUAUCUAAAUAUCUAUCUCUAACCCACCCUAUGGCCAGUACGUUUUGGGUUGAUGUUUGACCCACUACCCCUAUUCCCUAUUUUUGGUAUUGUUACCCUAUUCUAAAGGGUACAAUACCCAAUCUUUAAGGCUCUCCCUAGCAAUAGAGUCUAAAUUUAAAAAUCCAGUGGAAGGUAGCUGCUGCCCACAGCUUGCAGUCUGGUUUACAGUGCAGGUUUUGUCCACUAUUAUGUACAUUAUAAACAACAUAUUGGGACCUAUAUGCAUUUUAAAGUCUGUCUCUUUAGAUAUGUAGAACAAAAGCAAAAUUUAAUCUUGGUUUGACAAUUAUUGUUAGAGAGGUCAAGCAAAUGAUAACUCAAAAUGAAGUGGGACAAAUUAUAGUGUUGUUUACUCGAACAAAGCUUCCUUGCUUUUCUUUUGUAACAAACUCGUUGUUGUUUAUUGUAAUUUUUUAGAAUAAGCGCAAGGCAAUGUGGUCGAACGAUAACAACUGAUACCCUACAUAAAAAUACGUUCACCUCUCUCGUAAGCGACCAACCCUGGUGCAUGACAAAGUGGCAAAUUGGGCUUUUAUUAAAAACUGAUUUGUUUUAUAAUCAUGUGAAAACCCUUCGAUACCCUUCGUCUGCUCAUUAAGCUCUCUUUUCUCCUUCAUAUGAAAUGUACAAGUAUCACUUAAACACUUCCCUUUGUCAAUGCGUGAAAGAAAGGCUCAGUUUAUAUGUCGUGCUUCUGCCGUGCCGAACUCAACUCUUUUUUGAAAUAGCAGCAAAGAACAAACAAACAAAAUAGGUAAGUAAAUAACACACACACUAUACACUGUAUGGAGAAAAAGACGGAUAUGGUCAACUUUCAAAUUGUCUAAUAAAUAGAUGUCGUUUUAGUUAGCGUGGGAAGGAGAAAUUUGGGAGAUCUUUCAAAUGAUAGGGGAGAUCUUUCACAUUUCCGGAAUCACAUUGUCAUAAUUUAUGAAUUUAGUACGAGAUAUUUGAAUUACUGCCAUCAAAAGUCGUGUAGCACGGCAGACCUUGUCGAAUUUAAUUGUUCUACCGAACCAAACUCAAAAUGUUUAUUCAGAAGUCGUGUUUCUGCCAUGCCUUUGGCUGAAGUUCGGCACUGUAGAAGCACGAGUUAUGAACUGGACCUAACUUCUUUACCGAUAACAUAUAAGCUGACUAUUGACAAUUUAAGGGGCUAGGUCAAGCAUUAGCCACUAUUCGCUAAAUAAUCCUCCCGCACACUCCAAAAAAUAAAGAAAAGAAAAAGAAAAUGAUCUUUGCAACACCGAGAAACACCUACAAAAGCCAAAAGAGCGCGUGAGGGUGGAGAUUGGCAAAGAAAGAAUUGUUUCAUUCCUCGCCACUUGUGUCCAUGACUCCACCAUUUCUGCAUUAUAUGUAUUGCAUUUGGGUGAACAUAAAAGACGUCGAACUAUAUGAAAGUGUGAGUCACAGUAGUGAAAAAUGAAUGAUUUUCCAGUAAUCGGAGACCCCUGUUUUGCGCACAGGAUAAUGGGAUCGCCAGGGGGGCAAACAUUGCGAGUCGCUAAAAAGAAAUGUAUGGCGUGGAGUUGUUUCUCCGUUAAAGGCAGUGUCUUUGGACAUAAAAUGCCGCAUUUUGCCGUGAUUUUAUGAGAAACCGAGGUGACUAAUGUUGGUGCGUUGAAAUUUCAAGUUUCUGUGUGAUUAAUAAGAUAAAUUUUAUCGACAAACACUCCUUGCGUGAGGUUGAGUCUGAAAUUUAUGUUUACAGAAUUUACACAGUGAUCUACAUGAAGAAAAGGUCUCGAGAUAUAUAGUGCAAAUUUAGGUAUACAUGUAGGGGGAUUGGCUCAUUUAAGCGUUUAAGUUAUAAUUACGUGUGGUGAAAUUUACGACGAGUGUAACUACGCUCGGCCGCGAUCAGCGCUGUGCGGUUUAAUAUGACAAGACAACAAUCGUAGGUGUGUACGAGGCCAUGAAAGUAAAAAAUCCUCCUUUACUUUGGUAUAAACAAAGUGACAUCUACAAAAUAUUUCAUGGAAAGUACAUAGUAUUUAACCAUUAGUAGAUGAGGCAGAAAUCAUACGAACGAGUAAGAUUUCUGAUACAAAAGCAGUCAGAGUGUGUAAAAAAGUACCAAGUUGAUGUGCGAAAUUCAGAUAUUCUAUAUCUUCCCUACUGAAAAUGACUGGAAAAGGCAUUACAACUCAUCAGUGCUCUGGAUCAUGGCAAAACAUUUCGCUUGUGUUUUUUUUGGCAAGAAGAAAUCAAUAUACUAAUGCGGGGAAGAUGUUUUGUUUUAAAGUUAAUACAUAUCAAAUCCGACAAUACAUAACCUUACCUUCGAUUGUUGUUACUAACCGGCACAGCACAGCAUUGUGAUUGCCGCCGAUCGGAGCGUAAUUACACUCAUUGUAAAUAUGAGCACAUGUAAGUACAACUGGAAAGGCUUAAAUGAGUCCGCAUUUCCCGGUCAUUUAUACCUAAGUUAGUACUAUAUAUUUCGAGACCAUUCAGUAAAUUUCACAGUCGACCUUACGCAAGGAGUGUUUAUCGAUAGAUUUCAUAGCAUUGAUCCCACAAAAACUUAUAGACUGUUCACAGUCCUCUAUUUUCCCGUACGAUCGUCGAGAUCGUGCGCUUUGCGUUUCAGGCUGCCAUCUUGCAUGAGUGUCAAAACUACUUAGGGGCGGGGGCGGUUUGGGAGGAAGCGUGAAAAAUAGAGGGACUGUAAUAACAUCACUGCAGCUCGCGUUCAGGAGGCGUGACAGGAAUUUCACGCCUUCUACCAUUCAUUAAUUAAGAAACUCCGCUUGUGAUGAAAAACAUGCCAGACACAUUUAGCAUCGAUUACUCGUGUUUAUAAAUAUCUCCUUUCGAAACAGUGAUUUUAUAAUGUUUCUAGGCCAUUCCUCGAAAUAAAAUCGGCAAACAUACGCAAGAAAACAUUUUUCUAAUCAAAUACCAAAAAUCCUUCGUGUGUUUGCACAAGAUGUGCCUUAUGGUAUGAAAGCGUACGUUUUAUAGAAACGUCGACUUGUCAACGACUUGUCAGUGUCGGCAACUUAAACUAAACCCGUUGUCAACGCAAAUUAAUAUCUAUUGUCUAAUGACCAAUCAAACGCCUGGGUUGCUGGUACAACGCGCUCCGUGAACGCGAGCUGCAGUGAUGUUAUUACAGUCCUUCUAUUUUUCUCGCCCCCCCCCCCCCUAGAGCUAUAAUCCCCGACGCCCGCCCCCUCGGUACAUUUGAAAAUCAAGAUAGCCGUGACGGAAAGACGCGGUAUAUCUAAACUAUCUCACGAAAAAAUAGGGGACUGUAAACAGUCUAAAAAACUUACAAUUUCAAAGCACCAACAUUAGUCACCUCUGCUUCUCAUAAAAUCUCGGCAAAAUGCGGCAUUCUCUGUCCAAAGACACUGCUUUUCACUGAGAAACAGCUCCACGCCAUACAUUUCUUUGUAGCGACUUGCAAUGUUUGCCCCCUGGCGAUCCCACAAUCCUGUGCGCACAUUACUGGAAAAUCAUUCAUUGUCUUUUAUCUUGCUUUUGUCUAUGAAGAAUUUUUAAUGGGUCUGCCUAUUUGUAGUUUUCAGCUUGAAAUUAACUAAACCAAUAAGGAAAAUCUACUUAAAACUAUUACCUAACUCCUAAGUACCAAACUAAGAAACUACAUGUACUGUAUGUCGGCAUCACGAAGCUCUUCUGGUGGACAACAAGAAGAAAGGAACGGAGUGGAAAAAUGGAACAACCACCCAGCCCCCCUCCCUUUCUCCCUUAAUUUUCUUUUUUCUUUCUUUCUUUUUUUUUUUUUCAUUUUGCACUGAGCUACCCAUUUCACUCAGCCAUUUUACCUAUUUGGCUGCUUGAGGAUCAGCGAUUGAUUGAGUUAUGUUUAUUACAUCUCACUAACUGCAACUGUUGCUUAUGUUCUCUCAUUUUUUUAAGUAUCUGUUUUAUUUCAAUUUUUCUGUGUUGUUUUUUAUUAUUCCAACAUAGAAGUGUAGGCUGGGUCUUUUACGCUUCCGUUUAUUCUUUCUAAAUUUUGAUUAAAUUUAAAAUGACAUAACAAUAAGAGUGAUAAUUAUAAUCAUUUAAGUUAAUAAUAAUAAUAAUAAUAAUAAUAAUGAUAAUAAUUACAAUAAAAAAUAAUAAUAAUGUUACUUUGAAGAAAAAAGGGUACUAAGUAAGAAUAAGAAUUAAUUGAAUGUAAGUCACUUUUUUCAUGUAAAUGUUAUUUAACAAUGUUCAAUACUAUACAGACGUACACGAAACAAACGGAAGGAAUAGGGCAGGGAGUCCCUAAAAUUUAAUUUACGUCACACGUGACUGGUUUUCGUCAGACUCUUUUAUACGGUCCGACAGUUAAUGUAGUGUUGAAGAAGAUCUACUGCGUCACCAAUUAUAAAAAAAGGCGACCGACCAAAAAUGAGCAACAUUUGACAGGCCUGAGUCGUAUACCUUUAUUUGUCGUGAAUCAUGGUGCUGAAUCCAUCUAAUUGUAGUUGUUUCGCCUUAAAACAAAAGGAGCUCUCGCUUUAAAUUUGACAACAAUUCCUUUAAAGAUAGCUUUCGUAUUACACUGUCGGAUUCCUGUAAGUGUAUACCUUCGAUUCUCCAAAUCUCUCAUACCUGAUGUCGAUGAAAGAUCGAUAUCCGGGAUCCAGCGGUGCCUUGAUGACUUGAUGUUUUGAAAGGAAUGGUAGUCCAUAGUUCUUUCUCAACCGGAGGAGUAAUAGUUUUGUUCGUUGGCAAUGGAAUUUUUUACCAGGUGGACCUGUUUUAGGGUCAGAAAUUUCACCCGGAAAGGCGGCAAGGCUUUUAGUGUAACCUACCUCGGGCAUGUGUGUAGUUCGAAUUUUUCACCAAAAGGAGAAGUUUUUUUUAUACUGCGCUUUACAUGUAAAGUAAAUGUGUCGUGCUUACUUUAAGAAAAGUACAUUUCCGUGCUGUGGAGAUGUAAAUGAGUCUUAGCGUCAUUCUCCGCAAAACGCUAAGAAAACAGGUAGCCGUCUGUUGCUUCUUCUGAGGUCAAGUCCUAAAGUUAUUAGAGCCCUGGAUCUUUAUCAUGUUAUCAGGUAUGAGUCAGUGAUUUAAGCCAUUACAUUUUUUACACUUGAAUUACACAGUAAUUACCCAGUCUUUUACUACUGCUCGUGAAAAUAACGCUCGGGUAAAAUUGUGAAGAUUUUUCGUUUGCACGAUUGGUCUGCUUGUGUCAUCUACAUUUGUGCAUUACUAAUAUUGGGAAACCCGUUUUUUAACUCUCCGAGGAGGACGUUCUAAUGCUUGUUGACUUUUAAAAACAGUCUUGUUUCUGCACUGUUUCUGGCCUUAGAAUAGUUUCACCUGGUGAAAAGUGUAACUGUAUGUCUGUCUAAUAAGAAAAUUAACCCGCAACCAACUAACACAAUGAAUUUCUGAGUCUAAUCUUCACUAUCUCAUCACUAUUUAACCGGUGCUUUAUUCAGUAAAUCAUUAACAACUAUGACUUAGGAUGACCACAAGCUCGAUAUACAGGCCAUCUUAACAGGAUAUUUUAACUCUGGCUUAAUCAUUUUCUUCUCUUCAGGAAAAAAUACUUUUCUGAAAUCACCUGUCUUUGAUUCUUUACACCUUUUUAUUGAAAAGAACAAUGAUUGUAUACAUCACUUGUAAUUUCUUUGUUUAAUGACAUUUAUUUGUAUUGUAGAUCGGCCCUCCUCUUCAUCAAUAACAACUAUUCCAAGUAACUACACAGUGCUGCGUGGAUCUAAUGUGUCAUUUACCUGCACUACAGACGCUAAUCCUCCUGCCAAUAUGUAUCACUUUUACUUUAAAGGAAGUUUGUUAGAGAGCAGUUCUUCAGGUGUGUUCAAUCGCACUGUUGAGGACGAUGGAUUGUUCACUUGUGUUCCUAUCAACACAGUCGGCACAGGAGACAAUGCUACCGUCAACGUCACUGUUGUUGGUGAGUCAGUAAACAGACCACACAUGCAUUGAUUCUUUCAGCGGUUUACAUUAUACCUUAUCUGUUAGGGCAGCUUUGUUGUCCCGUCACGUUUUGAACAUAUUUUGUUCAGUGUAUUGCCGUUGCUAAGCUAAUGUAAUAACUAUUUUCAGAUGCUCCGGUGGUAGAAAUCAAUGAAACAGCAGCCACUGUGGUGGAGG